AACGAGACCAAAGGAGAGUAAAUGCCUGUAGUUUUGUGACUUACGCUACACUCAAGGCUGACCUGGUAGUGAUAUUGCAUGCUACGUGGAUUUGAAUGGCAUCUAGUAAACACAAACCAGGAACUAUGAACGGACAGGUUUUUCAGGUGCUUGGGCCAGUCGUGUUAACUCUUCUGCUGACGACUGUCACAGAUGUUCAAAGCGGGAAGGUUCUUGUCUUUCCUGUGGAUGGCAGUCACUGGGUCAACAUGAACAUCUUGGUGGAGGCACUUCAUGCCAAAGGUCACAGCGUUACAGUCAUUCGGAUGGCAGACAGCUGGUACAUCAAAGAAUUCUCACCUCACUAUACAUCAGUCACUCUCAAGUCUGAAGGAGGAUUUGGUGAAGAAUUCCUUGAGAUGUUUGUUUCAAGACUUAUAGGAAUUAUGAGGGAAGGUUCCACCUGGGCUCGUCUGAAGCUGGAGAUAGAGAUGUGGCAAAGUUCUGUAAAGAUGAUUGAAACAGAAAGUGAGAUGAUAGUCAACAUGAUUGAAGACCAGCAACUAAUGCAGUCCUUAAAAGCCACCAAGUAUGAUUUAAUUCUGACAGAUCCGGCCAUGUUCGGAGGGAUCAUACUGGGUCACUAUCUCAAACUGCCCAUUGUCUACAAUGUCCGUUGGACAGUGUACAAUGAGGCUCAUUUUGUUAUAGCUCCUUCACCACUUUCAUAUGUACCUUUUCCAAUGCUGGAGUUAUCAGACCGCAUGAGUUUCUUGGAAAGAGUGAAGAAUGUAGUGAUGUACACCAUAACUGAAAUACUGGUUGCUCUCUUGAUUUCUCCAAUUAAUAAUGCACUUUGCGAACAGUUCAUUGGCCCAGGAACAUCCUACUUUUCUUUAACUCAGAGUGCUGAUCUGUGGCUCCAUAGAGUUGAUUUUAUUUUUGAAUUCCCGCGUCCCACUAUGCCAAACAUUGUCUACAUGGGAGGUUUUCAAUGCAAGCCAUCAAAGCCUCUUCCCCGAGAUCUGGAGGACUUUGUGCAGAGCUCUGGUGAUCAUGGUGUCAUCAUCAUGUCUCUGGGCACUCUCAUUGGUCAGCUUCCUGAUGAUGUGGCUGAAGCGAUUGCUGAAGCUUUUGCAGAACUUCCACAGAAGAUCAUCUGGAGGUACAAAGGAAAGAGACCAUCUGCUCUAGGAAACAACACCCUUAUGAUGGACUGGAUGCCUCAGAAUGAUCUUCUGGGUCAUCCUAAGACCAGAGCCUUUGUGGCACAUGGAGGAACCAAUGGGAUUCAAGAAGCCAUUUACCACGGGGUACCAAUCAUUGGAUUUGGGCUGAUUUUUGACCAGCCUGAUAAUCUUGCAAAAAUGAGAGUACGAGGUGUAGCCAAGAAUGUAGACUUUGCCACAGUGGAUAAGGACUCCUUCCUCAAAACUGUUAAAGAGGUCCUUUAUGAUCCCUCUUAUCGGGAGAACAUGCAGAGGCUCUCAAGGCUUCACAAGGACGUUCCAGUGAAACCUCUGGACAACGCCAUCUUCUGGAUUGAGUUUGUUAUGAGGCACAAAGGUGCUGCUCACUUGCGCACAGAGUCUUACAAAAUGCCCUGGUACUCUUAUCACUCUGUUGAUGUCAUACUGUUCCUGCUUUCUGCUGUGUCUCUCAUAAUCAUGAGCAUAUAUGCUGUAAUCAGACAUUUCUGCUGCAGAAUAUGCAAGAGAAAAACAAAAACCAAACUAAAAUAAUGAGGAUGAAUAUGUACUUGUGUGAUUUUGCAUUUCUUGCGUAACUUUCCUACUUUGUAUGAAAAUACAGUGAAAUUAGGUUUAUUUUAAUAUUUUACCUUAUACAGUGUUAUUUAAACAUCUAUCUAUCUGUCUCAGCUUAUCUCCAAAUAUACUUUGUUGCACCUAAAAACAAGAAUACUUGGGAAAAUAUAUUGGGGAAAUAAUAUAUUUUUACUACCUGCCCAUUUAGCAGUAUAAUGUGCUUUUUUUUUUUUCAGUAUGUCAUACUAUUUCUUUCCCAAAGGCAUUUUUCAUCAAUGGAAAACAAUGAACACAUUUCUUGACAUUCAGCAGACAUUUUAUUCUGAAUGACACAAGCAGUAGUGACAGUUCCACUGGGGCAGCCUGUUUACUGUGAUUAUGUAUUGCUCAAGAGCACAAUGGAAGUAGAUGUCUCCAGUUUAUGAUUCACAUCUUUGACUUUUGUGUUAGCAGCCUAGAUCAGGACGUAAUCUUCAAUCCUCUAAAGCAGAGGUUCUUAAUUCCAGUCCUGGGGACCCACAGCAUUGCACAUUUUAUAUGUCUGCCUUAUCUGAUAGUCCAAGUUUAGUUCAUGCAGCUCUCUGCUGAUGAUUUAAAUCAGGUGUAUACUGUAAGUAAGAGCAUAUUAAGGAUAAAGAUACAUUUUAACAGUAUAUGUGUGUCCCCAGGAAUUGAAAACCACUGCCUAAAAGAUAAUGCUAUAGAUACGUUUUUGAGACUAUAAUUUGCGUAUAACUUUGACAGAAUAAGGCAGAUGCCAGAAUGGAUUGUGUGACUUGCCCUCACCCUUGAAAACUAGGAACAAAACAUUGAAAGAUAAAAGGUAAUCUAAUUUAAAUAAACCCAAAAUAUAAUCCCCUGAAAAUGAGGCAAAGCAAUUGAGGAAGAGCAGGUUAUUGAUACGCCAGUACAACAGUGACUGCCUUUAUGAGUGAACUGUUGAAUUAGCAUUCAAGCAAUUCGUUCAAAAUGCCAAAUGUUUCAAGAAUAAAUCAAAGGACUCUUAAUGGUUGGUUACAUUCAAAAUCACGUAACUUAAUUACAUAUUUGUUAGUAAUUAGGAGUUUGCCGCAUUCAGCCGUUUUGCCGGUUGUCAAGCAUUGUCGGAAAGAAUACUGUAUAUAAGAUGCAUAUUCAAUAUAUGCAACAGUUUCAUUCAUUAGCAACCAUAAACACUGCAUGCUGUAUGAUAGUGAGGUUGCUGACAAUUCUAGAAUGUCAGUCAAAUAAAUGCUACUUUAAAAUACAUCAAAUAUGCUUUGAAAACUUUGACAACAACUGUUUACUUGUAUACAUAAAUAGACAUAACACCAAAAAAUAAAGCAACAUAGAUGUCACUGCAGCAGUGGUUCUCUCCUUCUCAAAGUAAUGGAACACCAAAGCAUACAGUGUUCAUGCAGUGAGCUAGAUACAUUUCACCUUGUCUCUUAUAGGCAGGUUUAUUGGUAGUUUUACAGACUCCCUUACUCAUCACACUAACCACUGGGCUGCAACAACAUGCAUUUCUGCUGCGAAAUAUCUGUACACUACACACUCACACAUAUACAUAGAAAAUCUGGAACACACACAUAAUCUUUAUGCGUGUUUGAAAUUGUCCUGACUUCACGCUUUACAAAACAAACAGCAGAACUUUCUGCUGCUUUAGUACUUUAAUAUGCUGCCAAGCUGCUAAAAAUAUAAGCGUAAUUGAAAGCUUUUAUCCAAGCAGAUAUAAAAAGCAUUUCUUCCUUUUUUUGACAUCAAUAUAGUUUAACUGAGGUUUUAAAGGAUAUCCGUCUAAUGCAGUAGGUGUAUGUGCAAGCAUAUUUUCUGUGUGUCGUUGUUU